UUUUUUCUUUUCCUUCCAGUUAACAUGUUAAGUCAGAUCAGGAAGUGUGAUGCUGUGACAGAACAGAAGGAAGCGGGCACACAAUGGCACUAUGUCUGCCUCUUGGCCUGGUAACAUGAGAGGCCCGUGGCUGAAGACCCCUCUGCUGCUGCUGCUGCUGCUGCUGACCUCUCUGACUGGCACAGUGCUUUGCGACGAAGAUGAGGGUGCAGAGCCUGAAACUGGGACAGAAGACGAGGUGUCAGACCCUGAAGCAGUAGAUGACGCAGCUACUGAAAUUCCAGCAACAGAUCCCUCACCCACAGAAACCGAAGGUUCAGACCCAGCUGAAGAGAACACAGUAGACCACUCUGGAGACGAAACAUACAGUGAUGUUCCACUGGUAACUACAGAGUACUCCAACGUUACAGACUGGACCGCUGAGUCAGAGGACGAGGAGGGUUUGAAUCCCAUCAUCAUCCUGAUUCCUGUGGUGCUGGUAGUCGUAAUCAUCGGCAUGAUAGUUUGUGGUAUUUUCAUCAACCGCAGGUGGAACAAAAAAGCGAGAAAUCAAGAGCUCAGUAAAGAAGAUCCAUAUUUGGAUGGAUCCAGCACAGAGAAGGUGCCAAUGCCAAUGUUUGAAGAAGACGUGCCCUCUGUACUCGAACUGGAAAUGGAAGAGUUGGACCAAUGGAUGAAAAAAGAUGGUGGAGCUGCAGAGGACUCAAAACAUACAUAGCUGCAGUUUUCGUUAAAGGACGCUCUCCUGGGAUACAAGUCAACAACGCACUAUGACCAACUCUGAUCUUCUGACCUUUCCACAAUAAUUUCACAACAUUCACAACCACAGGAGUUAAUCUGAUGGUCAGGAAACAACACCACGACAUUUAAGGACACUUACAAACAUUAUUUCUGUAUUUAUAAUGAAACAAUCAGCAAUAAAAAUGCAUCUGAAAACUUUAUUAAAGCAGCACCUCCUGAUCGUCUUCAGUGGGCUGCAACAUGCAACUUGUUUUCCCUGUUUUUAACGCACAUUGACAACAUGUUUAGCAGUUAUACAGGUACGUUUACAGUGUUUUAUGUCUCAGUGGAUCUGCCAGAGUGAACAAUUUUACAUUAAAACCUGAAAAACACAGUUUAGGUUGCUACCAAAUGUUCCCUGUUUUGCAGAUUCAUACUGUUAAGGAGCAUGUGGUCAACACAGAGAGCAUCAGAUCGAUAUCUUCCUCCAUCUUCACAGAUAUGGCUGCUCAUAGUGUGUCCUGACAGGUCAAAGCCUCUUUGUUGUACAACACUAUGCGACUCCUGCUGCAGGUUCUCAUAGGGAAAUAUUGGACUCAAGACUGUGGCCAUGCACGACUGAGAGAACCGCUAAUUUUUUUUACAUCCGCACAGAGCUACUUAGAACUCAUAGAGAAUGUGUUUUGCUUCUAUAUCACAGAGCAUGAAAAGACAAUUGUGCUGUUUUUGAGGCUUUUGAUAAUUAUUGCCCAUCACUGAAAGAGCUUUGUAAAAGCUGCGACUGAUAAGAUGUGUAUCUCACCUCAGAUGAUAACUCUCCAACUCAAUAGCUUCUAUCUUCAGAUGUUUUGUUUCCAUUUUUUUUUUUUUUGCCUUGAAUGUGUUGAAUCUCAGCAGUCGUAACACUGAUCUAAAUGUGAGCUCGACUUUCUUUAUGUGUCAUUCAGUAUUGUGCAGGAUCUUGCACUGUAAAUAUGAGAAUACAGUAUGCCCUAAGAUAUUUUUUUCAUGGAAUGCCUUUUGUAAAUAUUUCUUAUCAGGCACUCGUGUUGUUGUUUUUGCUGAUGAA